UCCCCACGGCCUCCCGGGGGCUGCCGCGUGGGCCAGGCCCCCGGAGCUGCCUGCCCUAGGCCGCGGGGGCACCCUGGAUCUGCAUGGGCCCAGAGCUCCCUUCCAGUGCCAGGGCGGGCGAGGAGGCCCAGCUGGAGUCCUGCCAGAGCACAUAUACCCCCUCCUGGCUGACAGUUGCCCAUGGAGCUGAGACGGAGUGGGCUCACCCCAUGGCCUGCGAGUGGCAGCUCCCCCUGCAAUGGUCCUCAACCCCAGCCCAGCGGUUGCAUUCUUGGCGAUGGUCAUGGGAACCCAGACCUUCCAUUUGCAGAAGGGCUCUAUGCACUGGCCCAGCUGCUGCCCCGGCAGAGGACAGAACCCCGCUGAGGAGUGGCUGAAGUGGAACACUGUGCUUAUGCCUCCCCCAGAGGCCACCAGCCUCACCCACCACCCGGAAUUCUGCAAGGCCAGGCAAGACGGACCCCUCCACGGCCGGUCCAUCGCCCCCUGGAGUUACGUGUUGGACAGAGACUUGAACCGGCUCCCCCAGGACCUGUACCACGCACGCUGCCUGUGUCCACACUGCGUCAGCCUCCAGACAGGCUCCGACAUGGACCCCCGGGGAAACUCGGAGCUGCUCUACCACAACCAGACCGUCUUCUACCGGCGGCCGUGCCCUGGGGAGCAGGGCGCCCACGAUGGCUACUGCCUGGAACGCAGGCUCUACCCCGUCUCCUUGGCUUGCGUGUGCGUGCGGCCCCGUGUGAUGGCCUAGCCGUGCCGCCCGUGGCCGGUCCCCGGCUGGACGCUGGAG